ACGAUAAAAUUAAGAUGGUGAAAUACUUAUAAAAUGUGAAGGAAUGAGGAUAUGCUUAUCAUUAAGUUAAAAGUUUUAGAUAGACUAAAGUCACUCACACAAUUCCCUCUUCCAUUCUUUCUUUGUUUCCUUGUACUCUGCAUGUAGUUGAACUCUAAACUACACAUAUACAAAUACAAAUUAUAAUUACAGAUUACAGAAACAGCUAAAUCAACAAUCAAUCUCAUCAAAGAUAUGGCUCCUCCAAGUUUACAUGAUGAAACGGUGAAAGUUCUAGAGAAAAUGGUGACUAGAACGGUGGAUCUUCGAUCAGAUACGGUGACAAAGCCGACUGAAGCAAUGAGGGCUGCUAUGGCAACUGCUGAAGUUGAUGAUGAUGUUCUUGGUUAUGAUCCGACUGCUUUACGUCUAGAGACAGAGAUGGCGAAGAUAAUGGGAAAGGAAGCGGCUCUUUUUGUUCCAUCAGGGACGAUGGGGAACCUUAUUUGUGUACUUGUUCAUUGUGAUAUUAGGGGAAGUGAGGUUAUUCUUGGAGAUACUAGUCAUAUUAAUAUUUAUGAGAACGGUGGUAUUGCGACUAUUGGAGGUGUGCAUCCGAGACAGGUGAAAACUAAUGAUGAUGGAACCAUAGACGUUGAUUUGAUCGAGUCUGCUAUCAGAGAUCCUAGGGGGGAGCUAUUGUUUCCAACCACCAGGCUUAUUUGCCUUGAAAACAGUCAUGCAAACUCGGGUGGAAGGUGUCUCUCGGUUGAAUAUACGGAUAGAGUUGGAGAGGUUGCUAAGAAGUACGGACUGAAGCUUCACAUUGAUGGAGCCCGUAUUUUUAAUGCAUCAGCUGCACUUGGUGUUCCUGUGGAUAGGCUUGUUGAAGCAGCUGAUACGGUUUCAGUUUGCCUAUCUAAAGGUAUAGGUGCUCCAGUUGGAUCUAUUAUUGUUGGUUCCAAGAACUUCAUUACCAAGGCUAAGCGACUCCGGAAAACCUUAGGUGGUGGAAUGAGACAGAUUGGCAUCCUUUGUGCUGCUGCACUUGUUGCCUUAAAGGAAAAUGUUGGAAAGCUUGAAAGUGAUCACAAGAAAGCUAGAUUUUUGGCUGAUGGGUUGAAUGAAAUUAAAGGACUCAGAGUUAAUCCGUGCUCUGUGGAGACCAAUAUAAUAUUUAUUGACAUUGAAGCGGGUUCACGGACUACAGCAGAAAAGAUAUCCAAGUACUUGGAAGAACGCGGUAUCCUUGUGAUGCAAGAAAAGUCAUUAAGAUUGAGAGUGGUCCUCCACCACCAAAUAUCAGCAAGUGAUGUGCAGUACACCUUGUCAUGCUUUCAGCAAGCAUUACAAAUUGAAAAUGGCAACUAGUGGAAGAAUAACACUUUGCCUGUGUAUUAUUGGUUUAUCACAAGGGAAAUCCAAAUUCCAUUUGUCUUUGUUUAUUUUAUUUUAUUUUUUACUUUUGACUGUAACCGUUGUUUCUUGGCUUAUGGGUCAUUGUUAAUGUCCAAUCAUUAAUAAGAUGUUCAUCUUUUAUAUUA